AUGACCAGAAUUGCCGAAUGGAUGCAGCCUCGUCAACUUCCUCACGCUUGUAAUGGACUUGCUUCGGCACUCAUGUUCCACCUCCGAAGCAACGCUAAACACACUGGAGAGGUAGAUGAAAUGAAUUCGAUACUCCACUCUUUAGAAGAGCAACGAUUCCACACAAUCAUUUCCCCAAACCAACGCAUCCGUGCUCACAAGCCUCCUUGCUCACUUCCCUCGGCACAAAUCGAAACACCAACUCACCGUGGAGUUCGCCCUAGUUCAAUAGACACAAAGGAUUGUUCGUCUACCUUCACGCCAUCUAGCUACUCUUUCGACGCCCCGGGCUUGGGGGACAACAGGCUCACACCCCUCCAGGGCAUUUCGCAAGCCCCGACCACCAUGCAAUCCCUGAACCAUGAUUUAUCUUCGCCCAAAGCGCUAUACCGGCGAAUAUGCGCCUCAUUAUCACGGAACAUCAAGGAACAUCAUCGUAGCGUCAACGCCGCCUUCUACCUUCUCUACGGUUCGCGUACAACAGACGACCAGAAAUUUGAUGCUGCAAAUGCUAGAUCGGGAUUUUCACAGAACGAUGCUGGAGUAGGAGGCUUUAAGAAGAGUAUGGAAAGAUAUCAUUAUGAGAUGAAUGGGGAAGAUAAAGCAUGA